CUUGUAGUUACUUGUAGUGGUGGACCGUGGUCAGUGUCACAAGUUAUACGAGUUGUUUUUUUUCCAAAUUACAAUUGCAUAAUAUAAUAUAAGCAUAAGACACGCAAAAUAAAGAAUCAUACUAUUGCGUCUAUGGACAUACGUAGAUGUAUCAUUUGAUUGCGUUACGAUCAAUUAAAAUUAUUAAAGAGAGAAACUUUUAAAUGUAAUUCCAUCGCAAAGAAGAUGGCAGGAGUAUUUGACAUAGAAUUGCAUGACGGGGAUUCUGUAAAUCAAGAUGAUUCAGACGAUGAUGUUCUUGAAAUCAGAGAAGACGAAUAUAAUAGUGCCACAAACGUUAAUGCCAUCUUAGAAUCUGAGAAUUUGGAAAGAGUUCAAUUGUCCGGAGAAAAUGUUAAUCCUGGUCAAGAAAAAACUGGGCCCCAAGAUUUUGAGUUAUGUAAGAUUCUUGGAGAAGGUGGAUAUGGAAAAGUUUUUCAAGUAAAAAAAGUUACAGGAAAAGACAAAGGCAGUAUUUUUGCUAUGAAGGUACUACGAAAAGCUUCUAUUAUAAGAAAUCAGAAAGAUACAGCACAUACAAAAGCAGAAAGGAAUAUACUAGAGGCUGUAAAGCACCCAUUCAUUGUAAAUCUAAUGUAUGCCUUUCAAACUGGUGGGAAAUUAUAUUUAAUUUUGGAAUAUCUUUGUGGUGGGGAACUUUUCACUUACUUAGACAGAGAAGGCAUUUUCUUAGAAGAUACAGCCUGCUUUUAUUUGUCAGAAAUCAUACUAGCACUUCAGCAUCUCCAUAAUCAGGGUAUUAUAUACAGAGAUUUGAAGCCAGAGAAUAUAUUGUUAGAUAGCGAAGGUCACGUUAAAUUAACCGAUUUCGGUUUGUGCAAAGAACAUAUACAAGAAGGUACAGUGACGCACACGUUUUGUGGAACUAUAGAAUACAUGGCGCCAGAAAUUUUAACGAGAUGUGGACACGGUAAGGCCGUUGACUGGUGGAGUUUAGGUGCGCUAAUGUUUGACAUGCUUAGUGGAAUGCCACCAUUUACAGGAGAUGACAGAAGAAAGACAAUUGAAAAGAUUUUAAGGGGAAAACUAAGUCUUCCGCAAUAUUUAACACCAGAUGCAAGAGACUUGAUACGAAAGUUAUUAAAGAGACAAGUGCCCCAACGAUUAGGAUCGGGCUCCGAAGAUGCUGAACAGAUAAUGAGUCACAAUUUUUUUAAACAUAUUAAUUGGCAAGACGUAAUCUCACGAAAGCUGGAACCUCCCUUUAAACCGUCGUUAAAAAGUGCCGAUGACACGUCACAGUUCGACGAACAGUUUACGACAACCGUGCCUGUGGAUUCCCCGGUCGAAAGUACUUUAAGCGAGUCUGCUAAUAUGAUUUUUCAAGGUUUCACGUAUGUAGCACCCAGCGUUUUGGAGGAAAUGUACUCUCAACCUAGAGUCAUAAAUGCUAAAAGCCCACGUAAAGGACUCUUAGGUACAGGUUUCAGCGGAAGUUUUCACAAUCUAUCUUCAAGGUCACCUGAUGCUCAUCUACGUGCACCCUGUCAUUUUCAACAACACAGGCAUCAUAUGGUAGGUUCAAAUAACGUCGAGGAUACCGAGAUGACAGAUAUAGAUCAACUAUCGAAUCGUUUGUAGUAAUUUAGAGAAAGAAGUAUGCAAACAAGCUUUCAUCUUCCAUAAUAAGUUUGAAAGAAUGUUUGCAGUAUCAUUUUCUGGCUUUCUUUCCUACGGUUCAAUGGAUACAUUCAGCUAAAAACUUGAUGCUAUUUGCUUACGUACAUACAUAUAUAUAUAUAUUUAUAAUAUAUAUAUACAUAGCCAAGAUGAAUUGUAAAUCGAAAACAGAGUUACAGUGAUUGGGCAGUGGUGCUAUUCGCGGUUACAAAUACAAUAAAUACUCGAUGAGUGUUCGUAGGCUCCUCGUCACUGACAAGGAGGAGUUCCUACAAUAAAGCUUGGAAUUCUGAAGCCAAUGAUAUUCGUUUCAGCCGAAUAUGGCCAUUAGUUUAUGAAA